GUAUUGAAAUAUUAUGUUUUAUAACAUGUAAUGCUUGACGCGCAUCUCAAAUGCGCGUUAACUCCUCUAAUAAGAUUAUUACAUUAAAAUGUAUACUAUUAAUUAUUUCACCAGCACCUGGCGUUUAGUCUGUUACAAAUGUGUGCCAUUUUUAUUUUAUAUUUUCAUAAGUGUAAUAACGUCCUUAUUGCAAUGCAUAGGUGCAAGUGGGCAGAGUUAAUGUUGCACAUAUGAAUUUUCAAAAAUCAAGGACAGUUCAGUAAGUUUUGAGAAGAAAAGGCUGGGGCGCUGGAUUUGCUAAAGGAGCUUAAGAAUAUACCCAUGACCCUUGAGUUAUUACAGUCCACAAGAAUUGGAAUGUCAGUGAAUGCAAUACGCAAACAAAGCACAGAUGAAGAGGUUACAUCUUUAGCAAAAUCUCUCAUCAAAUCUUGGAAGAAGCUGUUAGAUGGACCUUCAACCGAUAAAGACUCUGAAGACAAAAAAAAGGAACCUGCAUCUUCAUCACAAAACAGUCCUGAAGCAAGAGAAGAAAGCAGUUCCAGUAGCAACUCCAGCAUCAGGAAAGAGGAGGCUAAUGCUCCUUCAGAUUCCUUCAUCCCUUCUUUUCCUCGGGCUCCAAGUACUUCAGAUUCUGUACGAGUGAAAUGUAGAGAAAUGCUAGCUGCUGCUCUCAGAACAGGAGAUGACUACGUUGCUAUUGGUGCUGAUGAGGAAGAACUGGGAUCUCAGAUUGAAGAAGCUAUAUAUCAAGAAUUGAAAAACACUGACAUGAAAUACAAAAAUCGGGUACGAAGUAGGAUAGCAAAUCUCAAAGACACAAAGAACCCUAAUCUAAGAAAAAACGUAUUAUGUGGGAACAUAGCUCCAGACAGGUUUGCCAAAAUGACAGCAGAGGAGAUGGCAAGUGAUGAACUGAAAGAGAUGCGCAAAAAUCUGACCAAAGAAGCUAUUAGAGAGCACCAGAUGGCUAGAACAGGAGGCACCCAGACUGACCUGUUCACAUGCGGCAAAUGUAAAAAGAAGAAUUGCACUUACACGCAGGUUCAAACUCGCAGUGCUGAUGAACCUAUGACAACAUUCGUUUUCUGUAAUGAAUGUGGAAACAGAUGGAAGUUCUGUUAGAAGAAACAAUUGUGAAGACAUCUGGACCAGUAUGAAAGAGGAUUUUGUAUUUAGCUUUAAGAACUAGGCCAGGCAUCUAGGUUCCUGCAAACGAGAAACAUUUUUUUUAAAGCAGCAUACAUCCCUGGAGUUAACCUUUGGUUUUUGACACAACCAUCCCUUCCUUAAAUGCCUUCCUAUAGUUAAUAGUAGGGCCCGGAUGCUCAGUUGUACGCUGUAUGUUUAAAAUAUUUUUUCAUUUUUAUAAGUAAGUUGACAUUAAACUUUUAUCAAUAAACUUUUGGUAACAGAAUUGUUUUUCUUAACUAUGUGAACAAUGUACUGUAUAUUUUUUUACAGUCUGAAACAUACCCACUAGACACAUUUUACCUCUCCAGUCUGUUAAAAAUGUAUGAAUGAAAUCUGCAUUUGUUUCUUAUUGGCAUAUUCCUACUAAUUUUGUGGGGAGGGAGGACAACUAACUUAAUUUUAAUUAUACCAAAUCUGCUGUGGUGUCUAAAUUGCAGCUUGUUGGCUCUGUCUCGUUUGUACAUACUGUUUAUGAUUUAAUGCUUAAAUUCAAAUCAUGAAGUUUGGAAUUUUGUUAAUGGAUCUAUUGAACUCUUCUGUUACAAUACUUGGAUGAGAUUGGUUAUGUAAUGAGCAUUGAUCAAUCCAAUUUAUUGUACUGCCCUAAAGUCUGUAAAUUACUACAACCAGAUUUUUUUUUUUUUGGAGAAAUGACUUUAUAGCUUGUUUAAAUUUGGUUUAAUUGUUUUAUUUUGCUUAUGUGUUUGAUACCACAAUUUAUUUUAGACUUUGUUAAUGAGCAAAGACAUUUUGUGGUAGGCUGCUUAAAUGGCAAUCAGUAAACUAGUUGAUAAAAAAGAUUGGUUGGGGAAGUAAUAUUACUUCACAUCAAUUCAUAUAAAUGGCAUUAGUUCCUGUGAAUGGCUCAUGAACUUUAUUUUGAUAUGUAGAAUCAUUGAUGCCAUUGAUUAAACCAUAGACCAGAAUAAAUCAUUAAAUUUAUGGUCUUUCACCAUCCAAGAUGAUAGAAAGAUGUAUUUUAUUAGAAUGUGAUUUUGACAAUACAGCUUUUAAAAUACUGUGCAAAUGUUAUUUAGCAAAGAGCCAGCAUUGUUAGAGGACAUAAGAUUCUUACAUUUUUGGCCAUCUUUAUAUUUAUAUUUAUAUUUAAGCUCUGGGGUGGGGAAGAUCUGACCAAUCAGUCUAUGAGGAAUUUGUGGAUAGUUACUCAUGUAAAUGCAUUUAGUUUCUGGAUAAUAAACUCCUUACCUGAAA